AUGGCGGCUGAUGACCAGAUGUAUGUGAUGAAGCGGGAUGGCCAGCGGCAGGAGGUGAGGUUUGACAACAUCACGAAGCGGAUCCGCGCCUUGUGCCACGGCUUGGAUUCUGGUUACGUGGACCCCAUCCCUAUCACGCAGAAGGUCGUGGAGGGCUUCUACAACGGUAUAUCGACAUCUCAGAUUGACACUCUCGCCGCCGAGACCUGCGCCUACAUUCGGGGAAAGCACCCAGACUUCUCCACGCUCGCGGCCCGCAUAGCAGUCUCGAACCUGCACAAGAACACGACCGACUCCUUCUCGGAGACUUGCCGCAUGCUGCACGGGUUCGUGGACAAGCAGGGCCGUUCCGCUGCUCUCCUCUCGGACGAGGUCGCGUCGUUUGUCGAGGAGAACGCGGCUGAGCUGGAUGAGGCGGUUGACUAUGGCAGGGACUCGGAUUACGACUACUUCGGCUUCAAAACACUGGAAAAGUCCUACCUCCUCCGGGUGCACGGCAAGGUAGUGGAGCGUCCUCAGCACAUGUUGAUGCGCGUGUCGUGCGGCAUUCAUUGCGGAAGCGUUGAGAAGGUAAUCGAGACAUACAACCUUAUGUCGCAGCGAAAGAUGACGCACGCCACCCCAACUCUGUUCAAUUCGGGGACUCCCACGCCACAGAUGUCAUCCUGUUUUCUGCUCACCAUGAAGGACGACAGUAUCGAAGGCAUCUACGACACUCUCAAACAGUGCGCCCUCAUUUCUAAGUCCGCCGGGGGCAUUGGCGUAGCGAUCUCCAACGUUCGCGCCCAAGGCAGCUACAUCCGAGGUACCAACGGGUACAGUAACGGCCUUGUGCCUAUGCUGCGCAAUUUCAACGAGACCGCACGGUACGUCGAUCAGGGCGGUGGCAAGCGCAAGGGCUCAUUUAACCACGGCAAGGAGGAGCAGCGAGCGCGCGACCUUUUCUAUGCUUUGUGGAUUCCCGACCUGUUCAUGCGCAGGGUGAAAGAAGACGCCGAGUGGACACUGUUCUGUCCGAACCAGGCAUACGACAAGGAGUCGUCCAAGGGGUUGAUGGACGUCUGGGGCGAGGAGUUUGAGCAGUUGUACGAGCGGCUCGAGAGGGAGGGAAAGGGCCUGAAGAAAGUAAAGGCGCAGCAGCUCUGGUUCCGUAUCCUGGACGCCCAGAUGGAGACAGGUACGCCCUACAUGCUUUACAAGGACCACGCUAACCGGAAGUCCAACCAGCAGAAUUUGGGCACCAUCCACAAUUCAAACCUCUGCACGGAGAUUGUGGAGUACACCUCCAAGGACGAGGUGGCGGUCUGCAACUUGGCUUCCAUCGCACUCCCUGCCUUCGUGCGUGGCGAGCGCGUCGAGGACUACGACUUCGAGGGGCUGCGCCAGGUGACGCAGGUGGCCACUCGCAAUCUCAACCGGGUCAUCGACAGGAACUACUAUCCCGUGGAGGAGGCCCGGGUGUCGAACAUGAGGCACAGGCCCAUCGGCCUGGGCGUCCAGGGGCUGGCAGACGCCUUCCUGCUGCUGCGCCUCCCCUUCGAGGGCGAGGCCGCCCGCCGCCUCAACGAGGACAUCUUCGAGACGAUCUACUUCGCCGCCUGCGAGGCCUCCUGCGAGCUGGCCGAGCUGGAGGGGCCCUACGAGUCCUUCGCGGGCUCGCCCGCCAGCCAGGGCAAGCUGCAGUUCGACCUCUGGAACAGGACACCCAAGAGCGGCCGGUGGGACUGGGCAUGGCUGAAGGGCCGGAUCGCGCAGCACGGGCUGCGGAACUCGCUGCUGGUUGCCCCCAUGCCCACGGCCAGCACGGCGCAGAUCCUCGGCAACAACGAGUCUUUCGAGCCCUACACACAGAAUCUCUACGUGCGCCGCGUGCUUUCCGGCGAGUUCGUGUCGGUAAACAGGCACCUGCUGCGUGAUCUCAUCAAGCGCGGGCUCUGGACAGAGGAUCUGCGCUUGCAGCUGAUCGCACACAACGGCAGCGUGCAGCAGCUAAAUCUUCCCGCGGAGGUGAAGGAGUUGUACAAGACAGUCUGGGAGAUCAAACAGCGCAUAGUGCUGGACAUGGCCGCUGACAGGGGUGCAUACAUAGAUCAGUCCCAGUCCCUGAACAUUCACAUGGUCGACGCCACUACAGCGAAGCUGUCCUCGAUGCACUUCCACGGCUGGCAACUCGGCCUGAAGACGGGCAUGUAUUACUUGCGAACGAAGGCGGCCGUAGAUGCCAUCAAGUUCACCGUAGACGUCGAGAAGAUGAAGCGGGCGGCGUCUGGAUGGAUCCAGGCCAAGGGGGAACAUGGCGGCGACCCGCAGAGCGCAGAGGCAGCGGCGGCAGCAGUCGCGGAGGAGAAGCAGGCGAUCGACCGCUUGAAGGCAGGCGAGAACAAGUACGAGUGUGUCGGGUGCAGCGCUUGA